AUGGCGGGAGAAGGAAGUAAACCGAAGGCAACAGUAGAUGAUGCAUAUGCAUACAUUAGGACUGUUAAGAGUACCUUUCAUAAUGAUCCUGAUAAAUAUGACGACUUUAUGGCGAUCAUGAAAAAUUUUAAAGCUCGCAAAAUUGAUAGAAAUACUUGCAUAGAAGAGGUAAAAGAACUGCUUAAAGGACAUCGAGACUUGAUAUCGGGUUUCAAUGCAUUUUUGCCAAAGUGUUUGGAGAUCGCUGAUUGGUACAACAUAGAGGUGCUAGAAGCGGAACUACAGGCUCUCUUGAUGGCUAUGCAACAUACAUGGAGUAAAGGAUAUCGAAAGAUCAUAUUUGAAGGUGAUAACAGGACUGUGGAAAGCUUACUCAAUGGGAACACAAGGAACUUUGAACUUCAUAACCUCAUCAUAGAGAUACAACAUUGGCGGAAAAAGUUUUCUAAUGCCAUUAUCAAAUGGUCUUUCCGGUCAACUAACAAAGCAGCUGAUCGAUUAGCUAAAGGGGAGUUAGAAAACAAUGUUACUUUUGUCUCUCAUUCAACGCGUUAG